CGAGGGGGGAGCGCCGCCUGGGGCGGCCGCGGAGGACCGGGCGGGACGGGGAGGCGUUCUGCUGCUUUCGGGGAAACCGACGAGCGCCCCUCCCCCGCCGCCGAGCCGCGGCCCGCGCGCUCGAGGGGCCCCGGCCCCGACGACACCCGAAAAACCACCGCGGGGAAGUUUCGGGGCUCCCGUUGUCCUACAAAGGGAAGUGAGGACCGUGGGCGAACCGUGCGUGCAGCCCUUUUCUUUGUGUGUACUCUUGCCGAGAAGGAAAGAUGUUUGGUUUUCACAAGCCAAAGAUGUACCGAAGUAUAGAGGGCUGCUGCAUCUGCAGAGCCAAGUCGUCCAGUUCCCGGUUCACGGACAGUAAACGCUAUGAAAAGGACUUCCAGAGCUGCUUUGGGUUACACGAGACUCGUUCAGGGGACAUCUGUAAUGCCUGUGUCCUGCUUGUGAAAAGAUGGAAGAAAUUGCCCGCAGGAUCAAAAAAAAACUGGAAUCAUGUGGUAGAUGCAAGGGCAGGACCCAGUCUUAAGACUACACUGAAACCAAAGAAAGUGAAGACUCUAUCUGGAAACAGGAUAAAAAGCAACCAGAUCAGUAAACUGCAGAAGGAAUUUAAACGUCACAACUCUGAUGCUCACAGUACCACCUCAAGUGCUUCUCCAGCUCAGUCUCCUUGCUACAGUAACCAGUCAGAUGACGGCUCGGACACAGAGAUGGCGUCCGGCUCGAACAGAACGCCCGUUUUUUCCUUUUUAGAUCUCACAUACUGGAAAAGACAGAAGAUCUGUUGUGGCAUCAUCUACAAAGGCCGUUUUGGGGAGGUCCUGAUUGACACACACCUAUUCAAGCCGUGCUGCAGUAAUAAGAAGGCCGCCGCCGAGAAGCCGGCGGGGCCGGGGCCGGAGCCUCUGCCCAUCUCCACGCAGGAGUGGUGACUGAGGUUCACGUAGAAGGGGAACAAAAAGUGAUUUAAAUUUUGGAAAACAAAGCAACUGAAUGACCCUACUAUUUUUUAACUUGGAUCCCUGCUAUUCUGCCAAAAGACGAUUUCUAGAAUAGUUUCGAGUGGGUUAUUUUUCCUCCAGUUCCACAAACUCUGAAGCCAGUGUCUAGCUUACUGAAAGAAAAAAAAAGAAGGUGUACAUAAUAUUUAAGAUGCUGAGUAUUUCAUAGGAAAGCUGAAUGCUGCUGUAAAGUGCUCUUUAAGUCUUUUUUAAAAUCCCCUUCUAAUGAAUGGAAUUAGGGGAAUUUCAGGGGACAGAGAUGGGAUUUGUUGUAUGAUAAACGUAUGUAGUUUUAGUCUUUCUAUAUUGAGAAGCAGUGGUUGGGGCAUUUUUUAAGAUGGCUGGCUACACUUGCUUUCCUUCAUUAUAAUCAAUUUGUCAUAACUCAGUAACAUGGACUUGCCCCUAGAGGUAGUUGUUAAUAAUUUUGAAAUGUUAAGGUCUUGUCAAGGUUCUGUUGAUUCAAGCCUGUACUACUGAAUACGAAGCAGGGCAGACUAAGCUCUCUGAUGCAAAUGUCUUGCAGGAGUAAUUUCUAAGUCCACAGAGGAGACUUGACUGUAUAUGUUGCAUCCUGUGUCACCUCCCUCCAUUAUUGAUAGCUGAUAAAGAUUUUAAUUUAUAUGAAACCUCUAAAGCAGAAUCCAAGUUCCUCUUGGGGGAGACGUCAAGUCUUCAGGGUAGGCAAUCCUACAUGAAUAGUACCAAAGCAUUACCACGUGGUAGAGAACACGCACUCAGUACAACUGGUAGAUUAUCUGACACAUUUUAUGUGCAAGUCUUCAGGAUGGCACAGACGGAAAAACAAAGGUUAAUGCUUCUUGGGGCAUGUCUCUUAGAGGGCUUGCAAGUGUGUAAAUACUUUGUUUGUGUUACAUGACUGGUGACUUCAUUGAAAAUCUGCACAAUUCAGUUUUAGCUCUGGAUUACUUCAGUUGACCUUUGUGAAGGUUUUAUCUGUGUAGAAUGGUUGUUUGACUUGUUUUGACCAGUUAGGGUUUGGGUGGGUGUUUUUUUUUUUUUUCCCUCCAUUCUGUAUUAAAGUAAAAUUCUACUAAAAGAAGAGGGGGUGUGUGUCAAUGCUAAGUGGGCCGGUUUUGGUUUGGAUUCUAUUAGUCAGGCUUUCUGAACACUGUGGUGUUAGAUGAGACAUCCUAAAUACAUCUUCAGUUCUCAAAUCGUCAUUAAAAGCCUCUUACUUGAACCCAAACCAAAGUACUAUCAUUGCCUGUUUUCUACAAGUUCAGGAACAACAGAUCACCAGUUCAGACUUCUCACUGGGAGGGAGGAUCGUUCGCCUACCUUGUAAUAAUAAUGCGACUCAGUGCUUUUUUUUUUUUAAAAAAACUGGAUUUGAAAGAUUGGAUCGUAUACGUGACAAUAAGGAGUGAGCCACUUUUUCUGGGCACCCUAUAGUUUUAUAGUUCUUAAUUUAAACUUAAAAUUUUAUAUUUCUUCCUUUUGGGAAAAAACAAAACAAAACAAAACUCCAAGCUGCCGUAUGCACAGACACAGUGAGUUGGGUCAGCGCUCCCACAGACUCUGAGGUGUAUUACAAGAAUCCCAGCCAAUUAGCAUCUUCCUCCUGAGUUAUUUUGAAAUGGUUUUUUUUUUUUUUUGUACAUUUUGGCUGCAGUAUUGGUGGUAGAAUAUACUAUAAUAUGGAUCAUCUCUACUUCUGUAUUUAUUUAUUUAUUACUAGACCUCAACCACAGUCUUCUUUUCCCCUUUCCACCUCUCUUUGCCUGUAGGAUGUACUGUAUGUAGUCAUGCACUUUGUAUUAAUAUAUUAGAAAUCUACAAAUCUGUUUUGUACUUUUUAUACUGUUGGAUACUUAUAAUCAAAACUUUUACUAGGGUAUUGAAUAAAUUUAGUCUUAUUAGAAAAUAAAA